UUCUCACUUCGGUCUCUUUCUAUAAACUGAACUGGUCAUAAUGUGGCUCAUCAACGUUUGUCUUCUGUUUCUCGGAGUACAAUAUACAGCAGCAUCAACAUGUUCCACUUCACUGCAUGGUCGCUGUGUACAUUUAUAUGACUAUUGUCACGUUGGAGACAGCUAUACGUAUAACUUCUGUGGAUUCCUGCAGAAAUGUUGUAUCCCUCCGACUUAUGUACAAACACACACCACACCACCCCCACAUUCCGGAGGUGUGUCCCCGAAUAAUGUAGCCCAGUGCGGAACUUCAUCAGUGGGUUCAACCCAUACUAAAAUAGUGGGCGGUACUACAGCAUCACAUGGGGAAUUUCCAUGGCAGGUGUCGCUGAUGUAUGGCGGAAGUCACGUGUGUGGUGGUACACUUAUUGACUCACAGUGGGUUGCUACUGCUGCUCACUGCUUUGAAGACUACCACAAUGCUCGGUACUGGACCGUGGGUGUGGGGAUGCACGAUCGCCACCAUGUGUAUACAAGUCAGGUCCAUCAUGUCCGCAACUUGAUUGUCCACUCCGGCUACAAUUCUCGUACAAACCUUAACGAUAUUGCCCUGAUGAAACUGGACAAACCUGUAGAUAUCAACAGUCAAUACAUCCGAGCUGCCUGUCUGCCACAUUCUUACGACCAAUUCGAACAAAUGACGUGUACAGUUACUGGAUGGGGUGCCACAUAUUUCGAUAACAACGGCAAUGCCCCGGGCGCUCAGUACUUAAGAAAGGUUGAUGUACCGACGAUGACAAACUCCCAGUGUCAGUAUUUCCUGGGUAGAAAUCACGUGCACACAAGUAACAUCUGCGCAGGUUUGAGGGCAGGCGGGAAAGAUGCCUGUCAGGGUGACAGCGGCGGACCUUUAGUUUGUAAGAAGGACGGAUUGUGGAAAUUGGCGGGAAUCGUGUCCUGGGGGUACGGCUGUGGGGACAGGAACGCCCCCGGGGUGUACACACGUGUCAGUUCCUUCCUAACCUGGAUUAACCAACAAAAAGCAGCGCAUCCUUGAUCUCUUUCCAAUUAACUCAGAUUUUU